AUGCUCGCUGUCGCAUCAUCGUUUUUCGGCAGGACCAACAUCAGCCAGUCCUACAAUACUGGUUCCAACUCGCAAGGCCUUGGAAGCCGGCCUGCAACUCCGGGUUCUACAAGCACGUCCCUGUCUGCCCCAGUAGCAGCAACACCUCCUUUCCACAUAGGCCUUUGGAAAAUUCAGUCAGCAUGGCACAAAGUUACCAACAAACGCGUCUCUAUAUGGACGUUCGAUAAGCGAGGGCCGGACAUGGAACGGUUGGGUCCACAAGGAAAGGAGAGGGCAAUAGAAGUCAUGAAGGCAGAGGCGUCAGCUCUGGGACGACUACGCCAUCCAUCUAUCCUGGAAAUGGUCGAACCUAUAGAGGAGUCCAGAACUGAAGUUGUAUUUGCAUCGGAGCCCGUUCUAUCCUCCCUGGAGCUCGCAAUACCGGAUUCUGGUCGGAGGACAUCCCUCGUUGAACUCGACGAAAUUGAGAUUCAAAAAGGAAUACUUCAGAUUUGCAAAGGGCUUUCCUUCCUCCACAACUCCGCCAAAAUCAUCCACUCCAACCUAUGUCCAGAAAGUAUUGUGAUCAAUGGUGCUGGAGAUUGGAAGAUAUCUGGGCUCGGACUAACGAUUCCGCUUCAGACGCCCGGUGGUGGGCUUUCUCGAUGGGAAUUCCCGACCUUCGAUGGGAGAGUGCCCAGCUAUAUUCAGCGAUCAUUCGAUUACAUGGCUCCCGAAUAUGCACUUGAUGAACAACUUGUGACGGCCUCUGAUAUGUAUUCAUUGGGCUGCGUUGUGUAUGCUGUUCACUCUAAGGGUAGCCCUCCAUUCAAAAAUCACGGCAGCCUUGGAGGUCUGCGAGAAAAUGCCUCCAAACCUGUACCAGGAUUGGAAAGGCUUGACCACGAUCUGCAAUCUUUAUUGCGUUUACUCAUAACGAGGCACUACGGCUCACGACCCACACCUGAGACGCUGCCAACCCAUCCAUUCUUUUCUUCUCUGCCUAUUUCCACGUUGAACUUUCUGGAUCGAUCGAAUUUUACGGCGAAGACGCGAGAAGAGAAGAUUUCCUUCAUGAAGGGACUUACAGGUGUUCUUGAUAGAUUCUCUGAUGGAUUGCAAACGCGGAAGAUUUUGCCUUCUCUGCUGGAAGAGAUGAAAGAUAUCCACCUGCUGCCCUACAUCUUGCCCAACGUCUUUGCGAUAUCCCAAUCACUAUCAGCGUCUCAAUUUGCGACCACAGUCCUGCCCAGUCUAAAACCGUUAUUUGCAAUUCGAGAACCGCCGCAGAACAUGUUAACUCUCUUAGACAACCUUACAAUGUUGCAGGACAAGACUGAUAAAAAUGUCUUUCGAGAACACGUAUUACCCCUUGUUUACAAUGCACUCGAAUCAGAGCACACGAUUGUACAAGAACGAGCUCUCAAAAUCGUGCCUGGUCUUUGCGAAACCAUCGACUUCGCUGAAGUGCAAGGUGUUCUUUUCCCUCGCGUUGCAAUCGUUUUCACCAAGACGCGGAUCCUGUCAGUCAAAGUGGCUACCCUCGAAACAUUCCUUUCCAUGGUCAAAACCUUAGACCAAUCGAGUUUGACCCAAAAGCUUGUCCCGUUACUUGCCAAAAUCCGUACGAAAGAGCCGGCUGUUAUGAUGGCAACUCUGUCUGUGCAUGAAGCAAUGGGAUUCAAAGUUGAUCGAGAAGCCGUCGCCACCUUGGUUCUACCCCAAUUGUGGGCAAUGUCCAUGGGCCCUUUGCUCAGCGUCGGCCAGUUCCAACGUUUUAUGGCGGUGAUCAAGAAACUGGGCGAGAGAGUCGAAAAGGAACACAACCAAUUCCUGCGAGAUUCUCAGCGUCUUGAGGAUCGUUCUGGACUGUCCACCAAUGGAGCAAGCACAACCAACGGGGCAGCUUCAAGUCUUGACUUUGAAAGUCUCGUCGGAAGAUCAGGUAAUGGUACUGCUGUGAAAGCUGAUAAAACGACAGAGGAUGACAUUAGUUGGGAUGACGAUGUUUGGGGUAGCAUACUUAGCACGAAAGCUGUUUCUCCACAACCAGCAUCACCUGUCAUUUCAUCGCAUCCUGCUAUCUCAUCUGCCGCACAAUCCGCUUCAACUUCCGUUGCUGGUCGAGCGGCUUCGUUCCAGCCACGGCCAUUCAAACUUAAUUCUACAACAAGCGUAGCGGGUACAUCGACGUUAUCCAUUGGCAAACAGCAAGAAAGGCGGACUGCUUCUUUCUCGCAGCCUAGCACAAACCCAUCACAUUCGUUCGCACCGAGCGCCUUUCCGCCCCCUCCUGGGUCGCAGACACGUACGGUACCUACAAUCACGCCACCUAUUCUCCCGAAACCGCACGGAACUCCCUAUAAUCCCGCAAAUCAUAGCAUAGGCUCCCUGACAACUAACACUAUUACCGGUGCUAGCAUGUUGACCUCUACCCCUAUGAAACCAACUGUGCCCCAACAGUCCGGUCCCCCUUCAUUUAUGUCUGUGCCCAGUACUCUGCCCGCCCGAUUGCCAAUGCCAAUGGGUGGGUUGCUGCAGCCUUCCAAGCCACGGCAACCGCCAGAGGCUGGGUCAACACAUGUACUAUCAAAGAACGACUGGGGAGAUUUCGAUCCACUAUCUUAA